AUCGCAACCAUCUUGACGUCCGUCUCUCCAUCUCCCUUCCUGCGUAUUUACGCCCUCGUCCCACUCACUUAUUGGAUAGCCGGGUGCAAGUUCGGAUCCCAACAGAAGCGAACCGAAUUCUAUUUCCUACGCUUGCGCGGGUACGCUAACUAUAGUUCCAUUAUCCGCAUUCUCGCGCGGACCUGCAAGAGGAGGUUAGGCAGUUCCAAUUCCCAAUGUCUAACUACGGCGCGAUCCCUACGAGCGGCUCGCCCUCCGCUGCGCCUUCGUUCCCGCAAGGCGGAAGACGACGGACGUUGUCGGAUCUCAGCACCGGGACGACACACAGCCAGUACUACAGAGAGGAGCUGUCUAUUCGCAAUGGCCUCCGAAACAAGACGAUGAUGACAUCCAUCCUCACGUCCCUCGUAUGUAUUGUCAUCGGUGUUGCAUUUGGUACCCUGGCGGUGUUUGUGCGUCCGUCUCCGCCCAUGCCUGCGACGGAUAUGCGUGUUGCAAAGUUGCCUGUUAUGGGAUACAACACAUGGAAUGCAUAUUAUUGCGACAUUAGCGAAGCCAGGGUGCUUGAAGCCGCAUACAAGAUGAUGGACUAUGGUCUGACCGACGUCGGCUACAACUAUGUCAACAUUGACGACUGCUACUCUCUGAAAGAGCGCGAUGCCAAGGGGAACAUUGUCGAAGACCCAGACAAGUUCCCGCAUGGCAUGCGUACACUUACGAACAAGAUCCACGACCUCGGAUUGAAAACCGGCAUCUACAGCGACUCGGGCUGGUUCACGUGCCAGCUCUACCCCGGCUCGUUCGGCAACGAGGACCGCGAUGCGCAGCUGUUCCAUGAGGAGUGGGGCUUUGAUUAUCUCAAGUAUGAUAACUGCGCGGUGCCGUUUGAUAAUGUGACGAGGGAGAAUAUUAAAGGCCGCUUCCAGCGCAUGGGGCGGGCGAUUAACGAGCUUGCGGCGCAGACGGGCAAGGAGCCGAUGGUGUUGUCGCUGUGCGAGUGGGGACGAGAGCAAGGUUGGGUCUGGGGACGUCGGUAUGGCCAGAGCUGGCGGACGACGGAUGACAUUGGCGCUAACUGGCCUUCGGUUGCGAGCAUUAUCAACCAGAACUCGUUCAUCACUUGGGCGAGCGACUUCUACGGACACAAUGAUAUGGAUAUGCUUGAGAUUGGUAACGCCGGUUUGAACUACGAAGAGCAGAAGACGCACUUCACCGCCUGGGCGUUGAUGAAGUCGCCGCUGUUCAUUGGUACCAACCUGGCCAACAUCCCUAACGACUCGCUCGCGAUCCUCAAGAACGAGGAGAUCAUCGCGAUCAACCAGGACCCUGUCGUCGGCUCCUCGGUCGCGCCCUUCCGGUGGGGACUCAACCGCAAGGACUGGACAUACGACGAUCUGCACCCCGCGCAGUAUUGGAGCGGCGAGAGCGAGAACGGGACGGUGGUGAUGAUGAUCAACACGCUGGAUGCGCCCGCGGAUAUGUAUUUCAAUCUGACGGAGAGCCCGUGGAUUCGCGCUGGGAGGGAGUAUCAUGUUCGCGACUUGUGGACGCACACGGACAAUGGUACUGCGGUUCGCAGCGUGACGGCGCACAAUGUGCCCGCGCACGGCGUCGUCGCGCUCUUGCUGCAAGAUGCGGGCGAUGAGCCGGCGAACCUGGAGCCGGCGUGUGCGCAGCUCGAGUGGUGUAUCCGCGAGAACGGGACGCUGGUCGGGCCGCCGCACAAGGUUGUGUAUGAUGGGCUGAUGCCGCAGUGAGGGGGUUAUAUGCGAUGAAGGUCAGUUUCGAGGGGGGUUGGGAAAGAGGCAGGAAGACGACGGAUAAACGGAUGAACUAUGAUGACGAUUUGACAGGAACAUGUACGCUUUAUCUACCCCGGCUUAUAAGCCUGCAUCUUACGCUACGCGUUGUAUAUACACAUUUUCGCUUGUGUCGAACAACCACAGAGCAAUAUACGAUUCUUGGAUUUUACUACAUAGCAUCAAAAUGAGAAGGACAACAAACCGACCCCCACUAGCGCCAAAAUGUAAGCGGGCCAGGCUCGACACCAAGGCCCGACAGGGUGCUCCUCGCUUUACCGCUGAGGUCCCCCCACUUACGGAUCGUCGGCAUAUACCUUCUGUCAGCCUGCAGAACGUCUAUCUCCAAUUCACCUUCCAGCGGUCUCUUCAUCGCAAUGAACUCGGGUGCACUGAUCACCUGUUUUGUUGUGACGGCGAGAACGUCAUCACCCGCGCCCGAGCCUACCGUGCGGUGCUCGGCCCAGGCGUCGGAGAUGAACCAUACUUUGGUGGUAAAGUGCCAGUCGCGUUGGUACAGGUACAGUGAGGAUUUGGGAUCUACGGGGAUUGUGAGUUUUUCUGUGUUUGACGUGGUUGUUUCGGUCUCUGCGAAGAUCUUGUGCUCGACGGACGUGGAGACUUCGAGUCCGGUGAGUGCCGCGCCGAUGCCGAGGUUUAUGCCGAGCGACUCGUUGUGCGUGUAGUGCAGGUGCGUAGGCAGCUCGGCUUCGUGUUUCGCGGGUUGGUUGGAGUCGUUGUGGUAGUAGAGGCGGCGGGUCCACUGGAUGUGGUCGAGGUAGGACUCUAUGACGGCGAAGAGACCCUCGUGGCCGGCUUUAAAGAAGAUUGUUUUGACUGUUUGGUUGACGAGCACCGGCUUCGAUCGGGGUGUGAAUGCGAGGUAUUUGUGGAGGAGCUCGUCGUUGCGCUGUCCCUUGACCCCCCACUCAACUGAGCGAUGUGUUGCUCUAUGUUCACGCAAGACGUACCUCAGUCCCAGAAUCCGCAGACGUCUUCUCAAGUGUUAUGGAGAUGUUUGGAUUGCUAAGUCCCUGAGAUCCACCAGCUCCUUCAGCUGAGGCCGUCUCUUUAGCUUUAGGGGCAGUGUACGUUCCAUCCAGGAACUGUGACAUAGAUCUGAUGGGGUAAGAUGCGAAUGAUCUUGGGUCGUUAUUCUCUCCAUCAAAUAACCUGAGUGAUUCUUCAACAGCCUGGAGUGGAUGGGAGGAUGUUCUCAUAUGUGCAGCGAGUGGUUG